AUGGGUGGUGCUCUGCCUGCGAGACCUGAACCACCAAAGUAUGCACAAUUCGAAGUAGGAAAAAAUGGUUUCGCGGUCGAUCCAUCGAAGACACUUUCGGAAGACGCAUUACCGCCUAUGCCGACAUGGGAUAAUGCGAGCAAAGUACACGUUAACGAUGAUGAGAAACAUGGCAUGGGUAUGGAAUUGGGAGAGUUGGAUCCCGUCACGGGACAGAAGAUGCCGUUGAUGACCGGAGGUGUUGCCAAUAGUCAUCCCAACAGUCCAGCGAUCGGACAAGGAGAAAGUCCUUAUGGAAGACAAGGUCAGGGUAUAAACAAUGGUUUCAUGAAAGCUCAGGAUCCUUAUAAUCAAAAUCAGAACAAUCUAGUAGGAAAUGGUAGAGGAUUUGGAUCAGGUGGACUACCAAAUGCUGGAAUGGCCAACGAUCCGCUCAUUGGGUAUAGAGGAACACCACCUCCAACUCAAUUAGAAGGCAUAGGAUACAGAGGCGCACCUGGACCCGCAUCAGCAAUGGCAAUCGGAGAAGCAGGCAUGGGAUAUAGAGGAACACCUCCGCCAGGUGGCCGAGGAUACCGUGGUACACCAUCUCCAGGACCGGGAAUGAAUCGUGGACCUGGGCAAUUUAGAGGUGGACCAUCUCCAGCACCAAGCAGAGGAUAUGGUGGAUCACCUCGAAAUCAAGAUUUCAAACCAGCCAUGCCACAAGAAUUUCCUUCCAAUGGUGGCUUCAAUGACGCGCCUGUCUCGGGAUACGGUCAAGCAGAACCAAUUCAUGAUAAUCGACCAUACCCAUCACAACCAUCACGUCAAUUCUCCAAUGACUCCUCGAGACCAUUGAACCCUGGAAGGUCAUAUACCAACAACACCGAUCAGUCGUAUCAACCAUAUCAAUCAGACAAUUCCACUAACGUUGGCACAUAUCCUCCCCCACGCAUGCCUUCCAGAGGACCUGGACCAAAUGGACCGAAUAGAAUGAUGUCACCGGGUCCGCAAAAUGAAAAUUAUGGUGGACUGCAGCAAAGAGGAUUUAACAAUCGUUCACCUGCACCACAACAACAGUCUAUGUAUGGACCAGGACAGGAUGAUUACGACCAGGGUACACAGAGAAACAUGACGAGAGGUCCUCCACAGCAGCAAGAAACGUCAGCGUAUCCGGGAUAUAAACCUUAUACUCCAGAGCCGGAGAAACCGGCAUAUCCAGGAUAUAAACCAUAUACGCCAGCUCCGAGAUAG